AUGGUUGAAGAAGAAAUCCGUAAAAAAGUUAAUACUUAUAUUGUCAACUCAAUACCCAGACCAAUAUGCAAUGUAGAAUUCAAAGUUCUACCAUUUUACAGAAGUAUAUAUGCAAUUCAGGCUCAACCGGUGGCUAUUUAUUGUGUUCCAACAUAUAAGCAUGGUUUGAAACAAUCACAAGAAUACACUUCAUUUGAGUAUGAGUUUAAGUUGCCAGAAUUAAUUGAAACAAUAAUAAACGAAAAAAAAAAUGUCCAAUUGCAGAUCCGAUUUGGAAAAGAGCUGCCAGGGAUGAGUGAGCUGUCGGAAGGAUUACCAGAACCAAUAAUGUAUCAUAUCAAUUCGAACAAAGGCAUGGCAAAUAAAAGUCCUAUUGAUCAUUGUUGCAAUGUCUUUAAGCUAUUGAGUGAUACUAAGAAUAAAAUCACAAUAUUUUGGCCUCAUUGCGAAACACCAUAUUACAUGAUUAUAAAUAUUUUAGAGGAAUUAACAAUUGAAGAUUUGGUGAAACGCGUACAAUUUAACAAUAAACUAUGUUCUGUUACUCUAAACACAAAAAAUAAGAUCAGGGAAUUUUUGAAAAAUUCCAUAAAAAAUUCUGAUAAAGAAGGUUGUGAUACGGUGAAACUGGAUGUAUCUUCUUUGUGUCCAAUAACCAAAUUAAAAAUGAAACUACCGGCAAGAUCUAUGAAAUGUAAUCAUUUCCAAUGUUUUGAUUUGCGUGGAUUAUUUGAAUUGAAUAAAAUAAAACCAACAUGGAAAUGCCCUGUUUGUAAUAUACGCAUUCUGGUUGAUGAAUUGGUUUUAGAUUCGUUCAUUUUGGAUGUUAUGAAUACUCAAUCUCUUCCUGGAAAGGGCUUUCAAAUAAUGUUACAUGACAAUGGCAGCUGGGAACCAUAUGUAGAUCCAAAGAAAGAAACAAAAACACCAAAAACAAAUGAUUCUAAUGGCGAUGAAUCAGAACCAAUGAUAAUCAAUUAG